AUGGCUGCAUUAUUGGCGCGGCUUAUGUGCAUCUUCCAAGAAGACCCGCUCAUUGACGAGGUAGGUCUACUUUUCGGCAUAGAAGCGAGAGACUUGACGCCCGAGACCGCUUUUACUCUGGAAAAUCACAAGCUUGGUGUGGCAUUUGCGGCCGGAAAACCGCUUUUUCAAGCAGCUCGCCUGCAAUUCCAUGUGUUGAAUGCGCGCUUUCAGGAAAAGGUGACAGAAAUCACACAAUCAAAUGACAAUGAGCAACGCGCUCAACUGGUGCACUGCACACGCGCAAUUCUUCUCAUCAGCGCCGACUUUUAUACAGCUUGGAAUACGCGAAAGUUGUUUGUGACGCGAGGCUGGCUAAACGCACAUGACGAGAUACAAUUUACGAACCUUGUAUUCACAUUGCACCCGAAGAGUAUUGACACAUGGGCGUACCGGCGGUGGCUGGCAAAUCUAGUAUGUCAGUCUUCAUCAGAAAACGACAACUUGAUAUUUUACAGUCGAGAGAUAGAGGUGUGUAGUCGUCUAGCAGAGCAAAAACCGCGGAAUUAUCAUGCGUGGAGUUUUCGGCACUGGAUCGUGUCUCAGCUUCCGGUGGUUCUCACACUUCAGGAGCUAAAAGAUAUGGAACGAUGGUGUAGAACUCACAUCACUGACCAUUCGGGGUGGAAUCAUCGUCAGCAUACAUUGAACGAGCUAAUUAAGAAAUACCGAAUCUCUGGACAUGAAAAUCUUUCAAAGGAACUCAUUCUUACCGAGUACAAAUUUGUGUCGGAAAUCGUGACACUAUAUCCGUCACACGAGGCUCUGUGGUGUCAUCGACGCUACGUUAUGCAGAGAUUGCUCGAUGAGCUUCCAAGAACAGAAACUGCCAUAUGUCAUGACUUAACAGUCCUACAUAAAUCGAUUUCUUUGGUGUCAAUGGUAAUAUCCCGAUCAACACCGGAGUCAUAUGAAAACACGACAUUAGAUGCAUCAUUGGAUCAACAACUUAAACAUUUGAGUAGUAACUCAGAUGCUUUUGUUUUAUGUGCGGUCGUCAACGAGAUCGGCAUCGCUUGGAAGUGUGGAAACCAAUUCUCACGACGAUUUAGUGCGUGGUGUCUUGCGCGGCUUCGUGCAUUUCUAUACAGACACCAGAAAGUUGAAGAGAUAGACACAUCGUCGCUUGAUUCACUCACAUCAAUUGUGCAAAAAAGUUUGGUCCAAGAUGAUAGUAUGUUAAAAGAUCUGUGGGUUGGUGCGUUUGCAGAAUGCAAAUAG